AUGGCUUCUGCCAGAGCAUCCCUAGCCUAUCCCUACCAGGUUUAUAACAAAGCUCAGGAAAUGCUAAAGCUGAAGGGAGAAUUGAGAGCUGCCAAGGAAAUCAAAGAUGAGGCGGUGGAGAGAGACAGAGAAGUGAACAGCCUGAACAGCAAGCUGUUGAGCCUGCAACUUGACAUCAAGAAUUUGCAUGAUGUCUGCAAGAGACAGGGGAAGACCUUGCAGGAGAACCAGCUCUGUGUGGAGGAAGCCAUGUUGAACAGCAGCCACAGCAAGAAUCAAGUGCAGGUGUUAACAUUCGAGGAGUCACAGAUGGAGUUUGGGUCCAGUAAACAGUGUCAUCUGAGACAACUCCAACAACUGAAGAAAAAAUUGCUGGCCCUUCAACAAGAACUGGAGUAUCGCACGGAGGAGUUGCAAACCUCUUACUGUUCUCUCCUGCAGUACCAGUCCAUCCUAGAGAAGCAGACUUCUGACCUGGUUCUCCUUCACCAUCACUGCAAGCUCAAAGAAGAUGAGGUGAUUCUGUACGAGGAGGAAAUAGGAAAUCAUAACGGGAACACAGGGGAGAAGCUUCAUUUGGCCCAGGAGCAACUCGCCUUGGCUGGGGACAAGAUCGUCUCCCUGGAAAGAAGCUUAAACCUCUACAGGGAUAAAUACCAGACUUCCCUUAGCAACAUUGAGUUACUGGAGUGCCAGGUGAAGAUGUUGGAGGGCGAGCUCAGUGGGAUCAUCGGUCAGGAGCCUGAGGACAAGGGUGACCAUUCAAAGGUGCGAAUAUGCUCUUCUGCCUGCCUCAGCCAGGAGCAUCAGGAGACCCUGAAGCGACUGUCUGAAGUCUGGCAAAAGGUGUCUGAACAGGACGAUCUAAUCCAGGAACUUCGAAAUAAGCUUGCCUGCAGUAACGCUUUGGUUCUGGAGCGUGAAGAGACUUUGAUAAAAUUACGAGCUGAUUUUGCUUCCUAUAAAGCUCUCCACAGACAUUCUCCUAGCUCCUCCGAAGAGUGUGACGAAAUCAAAAAGAUACUGAAGCACCUGCAGGAGCAGAAGGACAGCCAGUGCCUGCAUGUGGAAGAGUACCAGAACCUGGUGAAGGACCUGCGCAUGGAGCUGGAGGCUGUGUCGCAACAGAAGAAGAACAUCAUGAAGGACAUGAUGAAGCUGGAGCUGGACCUGCACGGGCUGCGGGAGGAGACAUCUGCCCACUUGGAGAGGAAGGAUAAGGAGGCCGCCAUACUGCAAUGCCAGCUGCAGGAGCAGCAGCUGCAGUUCUCCGAGAACCAGAACCUCGCCAUGAAGAAAGACAAGCUGCUCCAAGAGAAAGACGAGAUGCUGCACGAGCUAGAGAGGAAACUGACCCAGGUUCAGAACACCCUCAUGAGGAAGGAGAAGGAGAUGGAGAAGCAGCAGUGCAUGCUGCUGGAACUCGAGAUGAACGCCAAGGAGGCCAAGCAGUGCAAGCCCAAGGUGGAGUGCUGCGGGACCGUGCAGACUGAGCUCCAGAAGCUGAAGGAAUGUCUUGAAGAGGCCAAAAAGCAGCAGAGGCUGGCUGCUCAACAGCUAGCCCAGUGUAAGGAAGAGGCCGUGCUGGCAGCGAGCAACCUGGAGGAAUCCCAGAGGAAGCUUCAGGCCUGCACUUUCCAGGACAAGCAGAAGACAGAGGCCAUCCAGGAACUACAUAGAGAAGUCCAGAAGCUGCAGAAAGAGGCCGUGGCGGCUGAGGAGGAAAAGGCAUCCAACAGGAAACGGAUAGAGGAGCUGUCAUUAGACUUCUCGGAGGCCCUGAGGAAGUUUGAAAUUUCAGAAAAGGAAAAGAAGCAGCUUCAGAAGACAAUGGCUGAGCAGGAUGCGAAAAUAAAUGAACUGCUAGAUCAUGUCAGACUCAUCCAGCACCAGGAGCAAACCAGUCUCAAAAACAAGUUGGAAGAUGAGCUUCAGGAGGUCAAACUGUUACUGGAGGAGAAACGAGAACACUGGAAAAAGAGCAAAGAACAGGAGAAGUUGCUGGAGCAAGAACUUGAAGCCGUGCAUCAGGAAGCAAAAAAGAAAGAGAAGUUGUCAAAGGAGAAUACAAGAAAGUUGGAGGAAGAAAAUGAGAAUCUCCGAGCAGACUUAAUACAUUAUUCUGCACAAUUGGAAUCCACUCUCAACAAAUACAAUACCACCCAGCAAGUUGUCCAAGAGCUGAAUAAAGAGAUAGCCCUACAGAAGGAGACCUUGAUGACUCUGCAGAUCCAGCUGGACAAGGCUCUGCAGAAGGAGAAGGAAUGUCUCCAGAACAUGGUCAGUAAAGACGUCUUUGAUGCCUUAUCCCGGAAGUCAGCUGCCUGCCAAGAUGACCUAGCACAAGCCCUCGAGAAGCUCAAUCAUGCCACCUCGGAGACAAAGACCCUGCAACGAGUCUUGGCACAGACCCAAGAGAAGAAAGCUCAGUUGGAAGACGAAAUCAUUGCUUAUGAGGAGAGGAUGAAAAGGCUCAAUAUAGAAUUGAAAAAACUACAGGCCUUCCACCAGGAGAGUGAGCUAGAGGUGUGCGCCUUCGACAAGAAACUAGAGGAGAUGACCAACCAGGUGCUUCAGUGGCAGAAGCAGCACCAGAACGACCUCAAGAUGCUAGCCGCUAAAGAGGAGCAGCUCAGGGAGUUCCAGGAGGAAAUGGCCGCCCUGAAACGGAGCCUCCUGGCAGAGGACAAGGAGCCCUGCUACCUGCCCCAGCGCUGUGGGACCAAAGACGUGUGCAGACUCUACCGCGAUAAUGAUCAGAUCAUGUGCAAUAUGGAGCAGUGGGCAAAAGAGCAGAAGAUCGCUAAUGAGAAACUAGGAAACAAGCUCCGUGAGCAGGUCAAAUACAUCGCCAAGCUGACUGGUGAGAAGGACCACCUCCACAACGUAAUGGUCCAUCUGCAACAGGAAAACAAAAAGCUGAAGAAUGAGAUAGAAGAGAAGAAAACGAAAUCUGGGGGCACACGGCUCUGCACCAAGGCUCUGUGCGCGAUCAGACCAGAGUCCACGCCCAAGAGCAAAGCAUGCAGUACAUCAGGGUGGAAGGCGGCAUCCCAGGACACAGGCCAAAGAAUGGACAUCAGCAAGUACACUGGGGGACCCCACUGCACAGGUACCUCAUUUUCUUAGACUGGCAUCUUACCCUGCGCUUCAUUUCCUCACUUGCUUUUCUGAGUACAGCUAGUUCCCGUACCUCUCUCUUGACCUGGAUCUGCCCCUACAGGAAAAUAUCAAGGUCCCAACUUGUUUUUCAAGAUGUUGACAUUUUGCUGAGUUUUGUCCACUUCCUGCAAUGAAGUGAGCUUUGGAACCAUACUACCAUCUCCAGGCCCAAA